AUGGAGAACGAAUUCUCUUACGAAGAUUACCAGAAAACAGCUGGAUGGCUUCUGUCUCGUAUCGAGCAUCAACCUCAAGUGGCAGUGAUUUGUGGAUCUGGGUUAGGAAGUCUGGCUGACAGAGUAACUAAAGCCAAGAUCUUUGACUACAGUGAGAUCCCCAAUUUUCCACGAAGUACAGUUCCAGGACAUGCUGGUCGCCUGGUGUUUGGGCUCCUGGAGAAUAAACCCUGUGUGGUGAUGCAAGGCAGAUUCCACCUGUAUGAAGGCUACUCACUCUUGAAGGUCACAUUCCCAGUGAGGGUUUUUCGGCUUCUGGGUGUAGACACCCUAGUGGUUACCAAUGCAGCUGGAGGGCUCAAUCCCGAUUUUGAGGUUGGCGAUAUUAUGCUGAUCCGGGAUCAUAUAAACUUGCCUGGUUUCUCCGGUCAGAAUCCUCUCAGAGGCCCCAAUGAGGACAGGUUUGGAGUUCGUUUCCCUCCCAUGUCUGAUGCUUAUGACCAAGAUUUGAGACAGAGUGCUCACAAUAUAUGGAAAGAAAUUAAAGACCGUCGCAAACUACAGGAAGGCACUUACGUGAUGUUGGCGGGCCCCAACUUUGAGACUGUGGCAGAGUCUCAAAUGUUGCGGAUACUGGGGGCAGAUGCUGUUGGCAUGAGCACGGUUCCAGAAGUUAUAGUUGCACGGCACUGUGGACUUAGAGUUUUUGGCUUGUCCCUCAUCACUAACAAGGUCAUCCUGAGUUAUGAGAGCCGGGAAAAAGCCUCACACGAGGAAGUCCUAGAGGCUGGAAAACAAGCUGCAGAGAAAUUGGAAGAGUUUGUCUCCAGAUUUGUGUCCAGCAUUGAGCCCGUGUGCACCAAGUGA